AUGCUCACGAUUCUCUGUUGCGCAUCAAAACCGUUGACUGUGCAGGAGCUAAUCAACGCUUUGGCAAUCGAAAUCGGUGCCACGUCCUUCUUGAACCCAGAUCGGCAAUUGCCAGAUGCAGACUCUCUUCUCGAAAUCUGCCCGGGUUUCACAGAAGUAGCCAUAGAACCUUACACGAGACUGGCUGUCAUUCGAAUUGCCCACUUCUCUGUACAGGAAUAUCUCGAGUCUGAUCGAAUUCUCCUACCGCAUGGAUAUGCUUCUUUCAGUAUACACGAGCGCUGUGGAAAUCUGCUGAUGGCGUCAAUGUGUCUCACUUUGCUGCUAGAAUCUGAAUUACAGACGUUCGGACGUGUAGAGACUGUGGAAAAGUAUCCUUUUGCGGAAUAUGCUGCCAAGGAGUGGGUGAACCACUGGAGGAAGGGCAUUGGGAUUUGCGCCGCAUUAUACGAUAACCACAGCCACUGCAACCUUGAAGUAUCCCACGAUAGUCUCGCUCUACGGCUCCAAGAUCAGAUGCUACUACUUUUCAGAGACAAGAAAGGGGCAAUGAAGAAUUGGUAUAAACUAUGGGACCUCGAUUCUCACGGGGCUGGAGAAGGCGAUGAGAUGCCACCUCCACUUUACUAUGCAUCCCUUAUCGGUGCUCACUUCCUGGUAGAACGCCUCUACGAGGACUGUAGAACACAAUGCAGCCUCAAACAUUCAGCGAGGAGAUGCAUCGAUCAUAUGGGAGGAAAAAAUGGAAGCCAUGCUACACCAUUACAAGCAGCGGCAGCUUUUGGUUAUCGAGACGUGGUAGAAUUCUUGCUUGACAAAGGAGCGGACCCAAACAAGGUUGUGCAGACGCCUACGGCACGUCGCACUCCUUUGAUGACGGCUUCGGCUUAUGGUCAGACAAAAAUCAUGAAGUUACUGUUCAAGCGUAGUGCGGAGGUCAAUGCCGUUUGGUCCUCCGUGUCGCCAAGGAAACCCUUUGGUCGCGGACGAUGGCAGUGGGUUUUCAUUCAUAAAAUUCUCACUGCAUUGAUAGCGGCAUUAAGGUUUGGUCGCAAAGAAGUCGUGAAGUUAUUACUGUAA